AAUAGAAAAUAUUUACAUCUCAAUAUAACUUAAAUUAAUGUUUUCACAGCUGCAUCUAUUAAAUAAAUCAUAUGCCUGCUGUAAUGUGAUCAUAUUUCUUCAGUAUUAUAUUUUACUUAAUUAAAAAUUUAGUCAAAGUAAGUAACUUGAUUCAGCAUGCUCUUUAUUUGUAUCAUAUAUUAUUAAAGGCCUAAUUUAAUUCAGAAUAAGUAUCACUCUGUAAGUAAACCUUAUUCUCGUUAUUCUAACAAGAGUUUUUCAGGAAAAAGUGCGAUUAAACACUAAAAUUCACACUGGUGAAAACUCUUAUUCUUGUAGUAUAUAAAAUAAGGGAUUUUCACAAAAAAGUAAUCAAACAAAACAAUGUCUUGUUCAUGCUGGUGAGAAGCCUUUUUCUUGUAAUAUAUGUAAUAAAAGUUUUUCUCAAAGUGAGCUUCUGAAUAAUCACAGUUGUGUUCAUACUGGAUAGAAACCUUCUUCUUGUAGUAUAUGUAAUAAGAGUUUUUCAGAAAAAAGUAAUAUGACUACACACAGUUGUGCUCAGAAUACUAGUGAGAAACCUUAUUCUUGUAGUAUAUGUAAUAAAAUUUGUUCACAAAGCAGUAAUCUCACUACACACAUUUGUGUUCAUACUGGUGAAGCGCCUUAUUCUUGUAAUAUAUGUAAUAAGAGUUUUUCAGAUAAAGGGACUCUGAAUGAACACAGUUGUAUUCAUACUGGUGAGAAACCUUAUUCUUGUAGUAUAUGUAAUAAGAGUUUUUCAACCAGAGGGAAUCUGAUUAAGCACUGUCGUGUUCAUACUGGGGAGAAACCUUAUUCUUGUAGUAUAUGUAAUAAAAGUUUUUCACUAAAAAGUAGUCUUAUCAGACACAGUCAUGUUCAUACUGGUGAGAAGCCUUAUUCUUGUAGUAUAUGUAAUAAGAGUUUCUCAGAGAAAGGGACUCUAAAUAAACAUUACCGUAUUCAUACUGAGGAGAAGCCUUAUUCUUGUAGUAUAUGUAAUAAGAGUUUCUCAGACAAAGGGACUCUAAAUAAACAUUACCGUAUUCAUACUGAGGAGAAGCCUUAUUCUUGUAGUAUAUGUAAUAAGAGUUUUUCAACCAGCGGGACUCUGAUUAAGCACCGUCGUGUUCAUACUGGGGAGAAACCUUAUUCUUGUAGCAUAUGUAAUAAAAGUUUUUCACUCAAAAGUAGUCUUAUCAGACACAGUCAUGUUCAUACUGGUGAGAAGCCUUAUUCUUGUAGUAUAUGUAAUAAGAGUUUCUCAGACAAAGGGACUCUAAAUAAACAUUACCGUAUUCAUACUGAGGAGAAGCCUUAUUCUUGUAGUAUAUGUAAUAAGAGUUUUUCAGAUAAAGGGACUCUGAAUGAACGCAGUUGUGUUCAUACUGGUGAGAAACCUUAUUCUUGUAGUAUAUGUAAUAAAAGUUUUUCACUGAAAUUUAGUCUCAUAAAACACAGUCGUAUUCAUACAGGUGAGAAGCCUUAUCCUUGUAGUAUAUGUAAUAAGACUUUUUCAGAUAAAUGGAUUCUGAAUGAACACAGUCGUGUUCAUACUGGUGAGAAACCUUAUUCUUGUAAUAUAUGUAAUAAAAGUUUUUCACAAAAAGGUUGUCUAAAAAAACACAGUCGUGUUCAUUCUGGUGAGAGACCUUAUUCUUGUAGUAUAUGUAAUAAAAGUUUUUCACAAAAAUGUAGUCUGAUAAAACACAGUCGUAUUCAUACAGGUGAGAAACCUUAUUCUUGUAGUAUAUGUAAUAAGAGUUUUUCAGAUAAAGGGAUUCUGAAUGAACACAGUCGUGUUCAUACUGGUGAGAAACCUUAUUUUUGUAGUAUAUGUAAAAAAAGUUUUUCACAAAAAGGUUGUCUGAUCAGACACAGUCGUGUUCAUACUGGUGAGAAGUUUUAUUCUUGUAGAAUAUGUAAUAAGAGUUUAUCAGAAUGUUUAUGUUAAAAGUUUUCUUUUUUUUUCCACCUAAGUCCAUCUAAUUUAUGGCAGUUUUAUUCAAACUGGUGAAAAAUCUCAUACUUUUAAUAUAUUUUUUUAAAAAAAAGGAGUUUUUCAUUUUUCAAAAGCUGUCUUUACUGUUUGUGUUUUCGCUGGUGAGAACCCUUUUUGUUGUAGUAUAAUAAUGGAAUAAAGAAUUUUUCUCAGAAAUGUCAUCUGACUAAAUGCAGUAUUGUUGAUACUAGUGACACCAUAUUUAUGAAGUAUGUGAUAAAAUAGUUUUUUAAAUAAUAGGGAUCGAAAGGUUUGCAUUCAUGUUCAUAUUGGUUUUAAUGUACCUUGAUUACUGGAUUAUAUUACUUUAUUUGCAACCAGUUAUGUUUGACUAAAAUAUAAAUUGUUACUAAUUUUCUUAGCAUUAGAAUCCUGAGUUCAAGUUAAUAUGUUUUUUUCAAUGAGAAAGAAAAAGACUUCUGGCAACUUUUAAUUAAAAUCAUUUGUAACAUCUUUAUUUAAUAAAUCUUUUCUAACACAUGUUGUAUAAUUACUUCUAUAAAAGUAGCUCUUGUAAUUUUAUUACUAAAUGUUUUUUUUUUCCUUUAAAAAAAAGACAAGUGGUGAAAAACCCAAAUUAACAUCUAAAAUUACUUUUGGUAUUAAUAUUUGUAAAGAAAAUUUCACUAAUUGAGAAAAAAUUCAAGUUAUAUUAGGUAAAUGAGAUUCAGAAGUUGUCUGUCUUUUAUUGUUGGGUAAAUGUAUUUUUAAAAUAAAAUAAAUUUUUGCAGAUUAGCGAAAAGUAGUUAUUAAAUAUGAUUUCCAAGUCAAUUUGGAUCAAUACAUGAAAACACUUGUAUAUAACACUUAUGCUACCGGGAUACA